AUGGAGCCAACACCUAUCAAGCCCUUAAAAUUUAAAAUCCUAAGCGCCGAGUGCUAUAGGCCCGAUCCGUCACAGCAACCGUUUGAAUUGUCCAUCCUCGCCGAGACUCCUGUCGACCCCUCCCUGCUUAACGACCCUGCUGCAUUACCCUCCAGCAUCCCCUCCCGCGACCUGCGCAGCUAUUACAUCAUAGGCUCCGUGAACGACCUCGAUAUCUGCCUCGGCGACUGGGUUGUGGCAGGAUGGUCGCGCGAGCAGCGCGCGACACCAAUUCAGCCUGUGCUUCUCCGCGCCCCCGAGGUAGUUAUCUCCGCGCCCUGGGGCCCAGCGGUAGAUAUCUGGAAUCUCGGUGCUGUGGUGCUGGAGCUAGUGGAUGGGGUGCAUAUGUUCGAUGCGCGCAGCGGCCGUAAUGUUAAGUACGAUGUGAAGAAGUAUGUUGAAGAGAUGGUUAGGUUAUUUGGGCGGUUUCCAAGGAGCUUGCUGGAUCAGGGAAAUAAGGAUGUUGUGGUGAGGUGCUUUCAUGAUGAUGGGAGCCCGUUUCCCAGGAAACGGAAGAAGGCAGCUGAGCUUGUGGAUGAGCCGUGGUUAUUAAUCUAA